AUGCUGCUGAACACCGCUAUUAUUGUUCUCGGCCUGUCUGGCGCAGUGCUUGCCAAGCCUCUUGGCCUCAGAGGUAGCAACAACGUCGUCGAAGUCAGAACACCCAUCGCCGAAGCCGCGAACACCGAUUACAUCUAUACUCAGAACAAGCGCGAGGCUGCGAACACCGAUUACAUCUACACCCAGAACAAGCGCGAGGCUGAGAAUACCGACUAUGUGAGUGGACCUAGGCAACGACAGCCCAUCACUGCACAUAAUUUUCCCUCUCUUUCCGCCGAACAGCAUUUACUAAUCUGUCUUCAGAUCUACACCCAGGGGAAGCGCGAAGCCGAGGACACAGACUACAUCUACACGCAGGUGUUCUUCGGCUUUCGAAUAACUACGGGGAUUCGGACCAAAGACCAUUCACUCUUUGAUUAUGAUAUAGCCUUAACGCCUUGA